GCAUAGGAAGAGAGAGAGAGGAGGCGCUGUGUAAAUGCAUACAUAGCAAGAUGCUUCUCCACUCUUCUUCGUUCUCCUCUCUUCCUCCUCUUCCCCCUCCUCCCCUUCGCUUCCGCCGCUCCCCCAAAACCCUACUCCGAUCCUCCGCCGGCGACUCGCCGGAGAUCCGCCGCUCUCCGCCGCCCCCGACGACGACGACGAAUUCCCUCCUCCACUCCCUCCGCCACCGUUGGAACCUCUCCUCCAUCGACCCAGAUUCGGUUCAGGAAACCCUAGGCUCGUGGCUCGUCAAGGCGCGCGCGGCGCUCGCGGAGGCGGCGGCGCCGCUCGUGAAGCCGGCGCAGGGCAAUCGGCCUCGAUUCGAGCGGGAAUCGGAGAGCGGGGUGCUUCAAGAAGAGGUGUUCAUGGCGUCGUCGGAGUCGACCGUGGAGCGGCGGACGCCGAACGGGUACCUUUCGUUGGCUGCUGUUAUCGCCAUCGAGCAGUUUGGGAGGUUGAAUGGAUUGACUGGUAGAAAGAUGCAGAAGAUAUUUAAAGCCCUUGCUCCAGAAGGGAUUCAGAGUGAUGCUCGGAGUUUGGUGGAAUAUUGCUGUUUUAGGUACUUGUCGAGGGAUAAUUCGGAUUUCCAUCCUAGCUUGAAGGAGCUUGCAUUUCAGAGGCUUCUCUUUGUAACUAUGCUUGCUUGGGAGCAACCCUAUAGCCAAGGAAGUGAAUCACAGUCUUCCCCGAAUAAGUUUUCUUUGCAGGGUAGAUUAGUAGGAGAAGAGGCUUUUGUUCGAAUUGCCUCCGCUGUUGCAGGUGUUGCUGACAUAUCAACAGCACAUCAUCUUUUUAAAGCUCUUGUUGGAGAUGAGCAAGGGAUCUCUUUAAGCUUGUGGACAACAUACCUUGUUGAACUUAUUAAGGUGCAUCAAGGGAGAAGAACUUACCAAAGUGGAGAUGAUAUGUUGUCUGAUGAGCAACUUUUGUGCAUAGGCUCCAGUAGAAAGCGGCCUGUUCUUAAAUGGGAGGAUAAUUUUGCAUGGCCCGGAAAUCUUACUUUAACAGAUAAAGCACUAUAUUUUGAGGCUAUUGGACUGACAGGUAGUAAGAAAUAUAUGAGACUAGACCUUACACAUCAUGGCUCGAAAGUUGAGAAAGCAAAGGUGGGACCAUUUGGAUCCAAGCUUUUCGACUCUGCUGUAUCUAUAUCCUGCGGUCUUAAGUCACAAGAGUGGGUCUUAGAAUUUGUUGACUUUGGUGGCGAGAUGAGACGUGAUGUAUGGCAUGCUUUUAUUAGCGAAAUCGUCUCCUUGCACAAGUUCAUACACGAAUAUGGACCAGCCGAUGAUGAUCCAACGAUUCAUCACAUAUAUGGUGCGCAUAAAGGCAAGACGAAAGCUAUCCAAAGUGCUGCUAAUGGUAUUGCGAGGCUACAGUCUCUUCAGUUCAUUCGAAAACUAUACGAAGAUCCAGCUAAACUAGUGCAAUUCUCGUAUUUACAAAAUGCCCCUUAUGGUGAUGUUGUCCUUCAAACAUUAGCAGUAAACUUUUGGGGAGGCCCAUUAAUAACAAACUUUAGAGAAGGGAAAAAGCAGCAGAAUCGAUGGGUGAGUCCUUCUGAGGACCUCUCUAGUGGCAGUAAUGUUCACAUAUUUGACAUUGAUGGUAGUGUAUAUUUGAGAAAGUGGAUGAGAUCUCCUACUUGGGCAUCAGGCUAUUCCAUUUCCUUUUGGAGGAAUUCUUUAGUUAGAAAUGGGAUUGUUUUGGGUAAAUCUUUAGUUGUAGCCGACAGACAUCUUGUAGAAAGGGCGGCACUGACUUGCAAAGAGAAGAGCCAGAUAGUUCAAAAAACUCAAGCGACAAUUGAUGCUGCUAUGAUCCAAGGAAUUCCGAGCAAUAUAGACCUUUUCAAGGAACUUAUGCUUCCGUUUGUGAUGACUGCUGAAAAUUUUGAGAAGCUUAGACGGUGGGAGGAUCCACGUGCAACUGUGUGUUUCCUCGUGUUUGCUUAUACUGUUAUAUUUAGGAAUCUGCUUUCUUACGUCUUCCCAGCGACUUUGGGGUUCGCAGCGGUGGCCAUGCUGUUAAUGAAGGCGCUUAAAGAACAAGGACGGUUAGGGAGAUCUUUUGGUAAAGUGAUAAUACGUGAUCAACCACCUUCGAACACAAUCGAGAAGAUCAUAGCCCUUAAAGAGGCGAUGGCGUACAUGGAGAACUAUCUCCAGAACCUGAAUGUUUCACUGCUUAAGAUUCGUACAAUCUUUUUAUCAGGUCAACCUGAGAUUACAACGCAAGUCGCAUUAGUGCUUCUUGGCGGAGCCGCGAGUCUCCUCAUCGUACCAUUCAAAUACAUUCUUGCUUUUCUCCUCUUCGAUCUCUUUACAAGGGAGCUCGAGUUUCGCCGAGAGAUGGUCCUAAAGUUCAGGACCUUCAUAAAGGAACGGUGGGCAUCGGUUCAUGCCGCUCCCGUGGUUGUAUUACCUUACGAGGGCAGUAAAUCCAGCUCAAAUAUCGCCGCAAAGGAUACUGGCGAUGAGACGAAGUCCGCGAAAGUUCAAAAAGGCAGGAGCACCGUCAAUUCGCAUAGUAGUAGUACUCGGUAGUAAGUGUGAAUUGUGUACAGAAUAUGUACAGAAAAACUAGGAAUGAAUUUUGUACAAACUUGUAAGGUAGAACAGCUAAAUUUUGCGCAAAUGCGCGAAAAAGAUAUUGGUGGUGUACAAUGUAGUUAUGUUAAUAGAUAUUGAGGUUUUGUAAACUUUAGCAAUAUCAAAUUUCAAAUUUUGUACUGAAGCUA